GUCCGUCGUACCCCCUCCGGCCGCCAGGUGGCGUUGAUGUACAGCAGGCUACAUAUAAAAUCCAUCGGAAACCUUCGUGAACAUUCGGUUCCUGUCUGCUGAGGCGCGAGCGUGAACAGUCUCGAAGAUGACGGCUUUGUAUGCAACUCAUCUGAACACCACAACAGACGGAUGACCCGCGGUGGCCAUUUUGCGAGUAAGCAACCACGAGCCAGUGAGGUGGUGGCCAUCUUGUACAAGGGCAACCUGAGCCAGUCAGGGUGAACUUCCCGUGAUGACCAUUUUGCACGAGCCAGUCGGGCAGAUGUCCCGUGGUGGCCAUUUUGCGAGUAAGCAACCACGAGCCAGUGAGGUGGUGGCCAUCUUGUACAAGGGCAACCUGAGCCAGUCGGGUACGUAGAAUCUGGGGGACAAUUUGAACACUUUUGUCGCUGUGAUGACGACUUUUCCUGCCAUUCGUAGUUUCCACCAGAGGUCACAUGACCAAAGACGGCUUAACACUUCCUUGGAUGUCUGAGCGAACCACUGAAAUGUGACUUGUCAAGUUGGUUUACUUUGAAAACUGACUUCCUCCAUUUUUGCAUUGUAGGUGGUGGCCAUCUUGUACAAGGGCAACCUGAGCCAGUCGGGUACAAACUACAAGCAGGCAGUGUCUGGAAGAAGAGAAAUGUUCAUGUUUGCUCUGUUUCUGUUGAAUAAAAGGACUUGAAAUCAUGACUGUGUGAAUGACUUGAAUUGGGGGGGAGGAAACAAAUUUUGAUCCUCGUGGCUUCCCGCACGAAGGCGGGUCAUGCUAACAGCUGUUAGCCCAUCAAGCUAGCAGCUGCUGUUAGCCAGCUCGGCUAACCUACACCCAAAUUCCAUAAGGCUGGCGGGUGCAGACCCUCAGGAUGACGUGCUGAAAAUGACUCCCAGAGAAAGCUGGAGGAUGCAACAUGAGCGCCUGCACGUCAAACACAAAGGACACGAGGCCAUGCACGCCGAGAUGAUUCUGAUCCUGGGGGCUACUCUGGUGGUGGCCCAGAUCGUGCUGGUGCAGUGGAAGCAGCGCCACCACCGCUCCUACAAUCUGGUCACGCUGGUCCAGAUGUGGGCUGUGCCUCUUUACUUCACCCUAAAACUCUACUGGUGGAGGUUUCUGUCCAUGUGGGGCGUCUUCUCUGUCAUCACCAGCUACGUCAUCUUCAGAGCCACACGCAAGCCACUCGCCUGCCGGACACCAAGUUAUGCGUCAAGCGACUUCCUCUCGUGCAGGAUGGUGUACAAGUGGUUCCUGUUGAUCUACAAGCUCAGCUACGCUGUGGGGCUUCUAGGCUACGUGGCCAUCAUCUUCACCAUUGUUGGCUUCAAUGUCUUCUUCCGGAUCAAGGCAGAGGACUCCAUGGACGUGGGCGUGGUCAUGUUGUUCUACGGGCUUUACUACGGCGUGCUGGGCAGGGACUUUGCGGAGAUCUGCUCCGACUCCAUGGCGUCCACCAUCGGGUACUACAGCCACGGUGGCAUUCCCAGCCGGAGUUUGAGCGAGCACAUCUGCGCCGUGUGCGCCCAGAACAUCCUGGUGGACGUGGACGAGGAGGGCGUCAUGGAGAAUACGUACCAGUUGUCCUGUGGUCACAUAUUCCACGAGUUCUGCAUCCGUGGCUGGUGCAUUGUGGGGAAGAAGCAGACGUGUCCUUACUGCAGUGAGAAGGUGGACUUGAAGACCAUGAUGAACAACCCCUGGGAAAAGACGCACGUCCUGUAUGGACAGCUGCUGGACUGGCUGCGGUACCUGGUUGCCUGGCAACCCAUCAUCAUUGGCAUCGUCCACGGGAUCAACUUCUCACUGGGGCUGGAAUAGCAUCCUUGAGGAGCGACACUCCCGUACGCAGCCCGUGUCUUGCAGACUGUUGGGAUGCGUUUUUGCUUCCUGAACACUCGCGUUGUUUCCUUCAAAGUGUUUUGGGACAUUUGACUUCUCCACUUUGUCUCUUUUGGGGGUUGUAAUGUUUUGUGUGUCACUAAAGUGUUGUUUUUGAAAAAAUCAAAACCAAUAAACGUAACUUCGACAUG